CCCCGGGCGCGCAGGCGCCUCGCUCCGGGGAGUUGUGGCCGCGCCGGGAAGUUGUGCUGAGUGCCGAGUUCAGCCCGCCGCCAACCCCGCCAUGUCGGGCUCCUCCAACGUGGCAGCCAUGAAGAAGGUGGUGCAGCAGCUGCGCCUGGAGGCGAGUGUGACCCGCGUGAAGGUUUCUCAAGCUGCAGCUGACUUGAAGCAAUUCUGCCUGCAGAAUGCACAACAUGAUCCCCUACUGACAGGAGUAUCAUCAAGUACAAAUCCAUUCAGACCCCAGAAAGUUUGUUCAUUUUUGUAAUUAUGUGAACUACUUCAGUAUCUUUCAGUGAUCUAUUAGCAUCUUUUCCUACCUGCUGAUGUGCGUAUGGGCAGAGUGCCUCAAGGAGCGGCCUGGUUUGAAGUCUGUACAAAAGCUUAGCUUUAAUGUGCCAAAUCUAACUCUAAAAGUGCUACUGUCGUCAAACUUCUUACCAUCUACCUCUCCAGAUGAACUGUAUCCUAGUUACGUAUAUCUGUUUCAUACAGGAAUCUGUUUUAUAUGCCAAGCAAAAAAUAAAAGUGUCUUGACUUAGUGUGGCCUUGAAA